UUAGUUUACUCACUCACUCUCGUGUAAUCGAUGGGAAAAAGACAAAUUCACCACGAAUAGGAAGAUGAAAUAACGAGUUAAUUUUUGAACGAGCAAUUCGUUGUUUGUCGGCGUUAGCAGUUUUAAUGAAUUUGGCGUGCGGUUCGGUUGUGAAAUAUUUAUGUUAAUAAAAAAAGGCAUUUUGUGCAUAAAAUAAAUAUGAAAAAACAUUUGUGAAGCUUGAAUUAACACUAACUGCUAUCUAGGAGUUUUUGAUGAUAUAAAAUUAUCGGCUUGUACUGAGUUUUUGAGAGAUUUCAUGUCACUAUACCACUCGACUGAUUUCAUAAAUAGUGCAGAAUUUCGUUUUUUUUAAUCAAGUACGUAAAUAAAACAAGGAUUCAUCGAAAAUAUCGUCAAAACGAUUUAGAAGUCUACAAGACCAGGAUUUUGCAUUGGCCGAUUUUUCUCGUUUUGGAUUUUCUCCUACAGUGGCCUCAAAACUAUUGGGGCUGGCAGCAAUUCAGCGCUUCUAAAAGUUUUGUUUAUAGAGCAAACGCCGUGCUGCGGAUAGUGUAAAAUCUUUUACGUGUGCUAUAAGAUUUUACAAGCGCCAGAUUUCUUUAGACUUCGCUAUUCAGCUAAGGAGAAUACAGAGUCAUAAUUAGUAUUUGCAAUGUCUGCUUUAGCAACUCUAUCUAACCCAUCGGCCAAUGACUCCGCAAACGCUGGUGGUGGCUCUUCAAACACAGGUGGUGGUGGCGGAGGUGGCAACAAUGUUGAGCGUCGUUGUGAAAAUACCGAUUGCAAUGUCAUCAAACUAGUUUCUAUGGUGCCUAAGCGCAAGAUUACACAAUUUGUCACAGAACCCACGGUUAUGGAGAAGCCAAUGCUCAUAAAUGGUUUCACAACAGUGUUCCAAGUUGAGGGUAAUUCGGCAAAGUUGAGUGAUUUGAAAAAUCCCAAUCCGAACACAACUGUGCAAGCCAAAACAAUUUUCCGCAUUGUACCAAACACUCAUGCACACAUUGUAAACUAUGUUGUCGUUGAUGCGGAUGGUGAUUCGUUGCGCAAAAUUAACGAAGGUGAUCCGGCAACAAUGCGUAAACUACUUGAAUCGCAAAAAGUGAGUGCUGAUCAAAUGUUGAAGAAAUUAAUGGCAGGACAUGGCCCCAGUAUACCUAUAAAUUGCGGUAAUGCACCGACUCCAAUAGGUGUGAACACCAUAAACCCAGCGUCAACCGUAAAUUCACGGCCGGCGGUGGUUACUACAAACGCAGUAGCCGCAUCUGGUACAAUAACGCCAACUAUUAACACAGCUAGCGUAAAUGCACGCGUCAAUGCCACGCAAGCAUCUGCAUCCAGUGGCACAAGUGCUGGUGCAAUAAAGUCAUCAGCUAUACAAUUACCUAUGCGUAUGCAUCCGAACUUGAAGAUAACAGCUGUGGCAAGCAGGGAGACAUGUGGCCAAAUGGUGGAUGCAAAUGUGCCGCCAGUGCAGGUGCAACCGCCGCCAGCUCCUGCAGCGCCCACGGUGCCCUUAAUCACACCUGUACCCUUGGCGAAUUUACAGAAUUCGCCUGUUACUGGUGCACCUACGGGGGACAAGCCGAAUAUUGAUAAAAUGCAAGCCGAACUGGCGGAAUUGCGACGCACUGUUGCUAUGCUUGCCGAGGCAAUGCCUAUGAAUGCGCAAGCACAGAAGGCGCUUCAACAAACAACGUCUCAACAACAAAAUCGCACGGUUACCGUUAAGAGACAGCGUUUAAAUUAGAACUAAAAUGUAGAUUCUUAAGACUUAUAAUGGAUGUACAAUGUGUACAUAUUUAGUAAUAUUGCUUGUUAAUGACGAGAUGAUAACCUAGAAAAAAGGUUACGCUUAAGGCAGAUGGAAGGCAUGACACAAGCUUGUGUAUGAACUGCAUUAGGGACAAGGGGUUAUAUAUCGUCUCUAUCAAUGGAAAUGGUCCUAUUUGACAAAUAUGGAUUCAAUUAAAAACAAAGAAAAAAACAUUUAAAUUGAUAGCACAUCUGUUCUAAAUAUGCCAAUAAUUGAGGUUUUUGUUUGUUUAAAGGCAGAGUCACACGAUUGGUGCAAGUCCAUAUCCCAAUCGUGUGAAUGCACUAUUUUCUCAAUAAAUUUUUCCCAAUCACCGAAAACAAAUGGUUCAAAAUUUUUCAUAAAGAAGUUCGCUGUAUUGUACCAAAAAAAUAAAACGUCCAAUUUUUAUAUUUUUAACUAAUGCCCCAAUAUAAAAUGUACAAAUCUGUUUUGUACAAUCUUGUGACUGCCUUAAGAUAUUAAGAUAUGGACUUGAACUUUGGUUUCGAGCUGUAUCUGAGAGUCAGCUAACGGAAUAUUAAAAAAAAAAUGAACUUCUGAAAAUAUGUUAGGGCCGUUUUCUGAAGCAACCUUGUAAAUUUAAACCUCGCUUUAUAUUUAAAGGUUGGAUUGAGUGAUCUUUAAAGUUACAGGUUAAGAAAACGGCCAUAAAUAGGUUAUUUUACUCUGAUAGUGACAAUAUGUAUGUGAAAUAUGCAAAAUAAGGUCGAGUGCAUCCGGCAGAGGAUUUAUUAUUAUUAAAGACUUUUAUUAAGACCGAAUACUUAUAAUAAUUUUAUUUGAUUUAUACUGCUCACUUUGAGACAUUUGAAUUAUAUAACAAGUACUAUGAUUUUAGUUCCCAGAUCAAUUCUAUACCCUUUCGAGUAAGUGCCGCUUUCAUAGUGGGGAGUUUAUUCGUAUUCGGCAGUUAACAAAAAAUGUGACUUAACUUCCGAAGGUAAGUUAACUUUCCACGAUGAAAAUGGCCCUUAUAGGUCUAUUCUGCGCUGGUGAUAAAAAGUUUGUAAUCAGUAAAUAAAGUACCUGUCAAUUUUUAAACCCUUUUCGCAUUCUGUGUACUCUUGUAACUGAUAAAUUUUGUUACCAGCUCAUAAACUGGUAACAAAUUAUGGCCCCGUGAAAUAUGCAAUGCAGGAUUUGCACAAUUCUUCAUAGCUGGAUUGCUGAAUAUUUUAACUGCAUUACCAACGUACCUAGAAUCGCGGUGACAAGAACUGGUAAAUUUUUUUGGUAAUACAAUUUUCCGGUUACAAAAUCUUCGGUAACAUGCAGAAUAGACCUGUUAGUGGGCAAAAAAAUCUGUAAUUUAUUAGUAACAGUUUAUUGGAAAAUAUAUACGAUUGUUAAAAUUUUCUGAUUCACCUGUCUUUGAAAUUAACUCGAUAUGCUUGCAUUAGAUUACAGUAAAUGGGUCUAAUAACUAAACGACAUAAUUAGUGGUGAAUGUUCUCAUUUAACGCCUAAGGAAUUAUUUUAAGUUGUUAAAUGUACUUUCGAAGUAAAGAAAUGUAUAUUAAAUGAUCAUCAUAUCAAACAAUAA